AUGAGUCUGGCUGUUAUAACGAGUAAACCAUUUGUGGUGUUAGAAUUCCCCGAGGAGCAAACUGUUGAAGCAGUUCCAGCAAUUUGGCUAACGUCUGACAAGACCGGAUGUCGGUGGCCCAAUAAAGUGACCCCUUCUUUUACAAACAAGAAAAAAGACAAGAAUUCAUCCCCUGGUGAUGGUUGGACUGUCUACAAAUGUCGAGUGCUGGGAGAAUUUGAUAACUAUACUAGUGCCAACGCCGCCGCACACAAGGCGGAGGAUACCUCAGAAAUAGAGGUGUCGAAAGUGGACUUCUCUGCGGGAAAACGCACAAGGAGGACAACGCAACGUCCAGCGCGGUCAUCGUCGUCUGAUUUUUCAGUCUGUGAGCCGCAUAAUAAUUUUAUUGGAGGAGCGGUUAAUGAACCUGGGGCUGCUGGCUCCUCGCAAAGUCUUUCAUCAUUGGCUGAAGACGAGAGAAACCAACUAAAUUUUCAAACGGUGGAAAUUUUGCCGAAUUCUCAAACUUUCUUCAUUGACUCCAGCGGAGUUUUAUGCACAUCUGCUCCUACAAAAAACGUGGGAACGUCAAAGUCGUCAAAUUCAGGUUUUUCGGAAGGCUUCCAAGGGGUAAUCAUUAGAGCGUUGGCACGUAUUGAAGCCAAUCAAAGGGACUUCCGUCAAAUCCUGGACGAACUAGUCUUGAAUCAACGGUCAGGGGCAACACCGCAUGUGGAGGUGGAUUAUUCAUCGCUACCAAAAUUCCCUAUCGAGAGUGAGGCCGACUUAACAGCAUUUGAUGUUCAAUUAUCUAUUGAUACGGAAAGGAAAGUAUUUGAGCAGUACCUUGUUGGGAUAGGAGGAACAACACUUCCUAUUACAAUCACCGAAAUUUUGGAGAGGAUAUUUGCAAAAACACUACGGAUCGGAUUGACUUACACGGGCAAGGGCGAUGGAAAAAAAUCGUACAUAUCCUUCUCAAAUAUCAACACGGCUAUCGUCGCUGCUGUGAAACGCAACAGAAAACUAGUCACGGUGCCGGAUGAUUUAGAGAUUAAAUCAAUCAUAAUGGAUAAGCUUCGAUUUUGCCGGAAACCGGAGAAGAAAUCGUCUGAUGAAUAAUUGGAGAAUAAGUUAAUUUGCUAAUUUAAUUAAUCUUAAGUCUAGAUCGUGUAAAAAAUUAAUAUGGCUUCUGACAGGACAAGAUAUCGGAGGAUAGAAAGUAAUGUACAGUUAAUGUUAAGUGAAAUGGA